AUGACCAUGAACAGCCAGGGGUCAGCCCGGAAAGCAGGGACACUCCUCCUGCUGAUGAUGUCAAACCUGCUGUUCUGCCAAAAUGUGCAGCCCCUGCCAAUGUGUCUUGGUGGCACCUGCCAGACACCCCUUCCAGAACUGUUUGACCGUGUGAUAAUGCUUUCUCAUUACAUCUAUACCCUGUAUUCCGACAUGUUCAUUGAAUUAGAUAAACAGUAUGUCCAAGACCGUGAGUUUAUUGCCAAGGCCAUCACUGACUGCCCCACUUCUUCCCUGGCUACUCCUGAAGACAAGGAACAAGCCCUGAAAGUCCCUCCGGAAGUUUUUCUGAACCUGAUCCUCAGUUUGGUGCACUCUUGGAAUGACCCUCUGUACCAGCUAAUAACUGGAAUAGGUGGUAUGCAUGAAGCCUCUGAUGCUAUCAUAUCAAGAGCCAAGGAGAUUGAGGAACAAAACAAGCGGCUUCUUGAGGGGAUUGAGAAGAUAAUUAGCCAGGCCUAUCCUGAAGCCAAAGGAAAUGAAAUCUAUUUUGUUUGGUCACAACUUCCAUCCCUGCAGGGAGUUGAUGAAGAAUCCAAAGCCUUGGCUUUUUAUAACAACAUUCGGUGCCUGCGCAGGGAUUCCCACAAAGUUGACAACUAUCUCAAGUUCCUGAGAUGCCAAAUUGUCCAUAAAAACAACUGCUAA